UUCUCGGAGGCUGCGAGACUGUGCUGUACUCUCUUUAUAAUUUAUUUUAGAUAUUCAACAAAAAUAAAUAAACAAAAAAACAAUAAUAACAUAAAAAAUCUUUUAAUUAUUUAAUUAUAAUAAAAUUAUUAACAUUAAAAACAAAAAAAAACUUUUAUAUAUUACUUUUAUAUAAUUUUAAUAAUCAUUUAUUUUGUUUUUUAUUUGUUAUUGAAUAAUUACUAUUUUUUAAUAGUUUAGCGUGAAAUACAUAUAGUGGUUAAAGAGUGUUUAAGGUGGCUGGAUAAACAAUGUUAUAUUGGACUGAAAUAAAAUAAUUUAAAUAAAAUCGAAGAAGGAUGUUUUUUCCUGGUGUUGAAUGGACAUUUAUGUCUCUUGUUUUGUUGAUUGUUGGUGCAACCCACGCAACAAAUGAUACAAAUGAUACAAAUGAUACAAAUGAUGCAAACAGUAUAUCAAAAUGUGAAGAUGCAAAGUAUAAAUGUGCCUUCAGAGGUGGAUGUGGUAAGGCACUAACUAGCUACCUGCAAUUUUGUGUAGCUGAUUUACGUGGUGAUAUAACAACUUGUCCUGAAUCAUGUCAACAUGCACUUAUUGGUUUGACUAGUACAGAAGAAGGAAAAAAACUAAUGACGUUAAAAUUACAGUGUAAAUGUAACCCAGGUGAUACCAUGUGUGAAAAAUCAAAACAACAAGCUGAAGUUUGUAGAUCACCAGUAACAGCUGCAUUGAACAAUACAAGGGUAUCAUGCAGAAUAGCAACAUCAAUAUGUAGUGCUGAUGUAACUUGUUCAACUGCUUUAUCUUAUUAUAAUCUAAAUUGUAGAAGUAUGUUUAAAGGAAAAAAAUGUUCUCAUCGAUGUCGUAAUUCUAUUGAUAUACUAAUACGACAAGAAAAAGCAGAAAAAUUAAAUACAUGUAUUUGUGAUGGUAAUGAAGGUUAUAAUUGUAAAGGUAUUCAUAGAAAUAUGAAUGUUCUUUGUUUUGGUAAGAAAAAAAAUUAUAAUCGUAAAAAACCAAUACAAAAAAAACAAAAAAACAAAGAGGUUAAACCAGUUAAAAAAACAUAUUAUGCCAGUGGAAAUGAAGCAUUUUUUUUACGAAUGGAAUUACUACUUGGAGUUGUUCUUAUAUUUAUUUUAAAAGACUGAUAAAUAAUCGAAGAAAAAAAAAUAUAAACAGGAUCCAAAAACCAAAGACUGUUCGGUGCAAAGUGACAAA